AUGUCAAACAAAGCAUACGACACCAUCAUCAUCGGGGCAGGAUGGUCAGGAGCCAUCGCAGCCAAGGAACUCACCUCAAAGGGUCAUUCGGUGUUGGUACUGGAAGCUAGAGAUAGGAUAGGUGGAAGAGCUAGAACAUGGAGCGAUAACGAUAAGAAUACAAUCGAUCUGGGAUGUAGCUGGAUACAUGGCUACAAAGAAGGUAAUCCCGCUAAAGGAUUGGCUAAGAAUUUGGGGAUAGAAGCGAUCUUACCCCAGCCUGCUGAAGGGUUGGUAUAUGGGCCUAACGGUCCACUCUCAUCAUCACAAGCAGCCUCUUUACGCUCAUCUCUCUCUUCCGCUCAAGAAUCUUUCAAGCUUCCUCAUCCCUCACCUCCCUCCACCGCGUCUUUAGCUUCAGCCCUGUUAUCCUCCUCAUCACCCCUGUUCAAAUCGGAGGCCAAAUCCUCUUCAGACCCAUCAACGAAAACCGUCGAUUCCACAUCACCUGCCAACCCUUCAGAACCAACUUCCAACUCUACCUCCUCGGUCGACCAAUCUCUCGCAGAAGGCUUAGCUCGAACGUUGGAGAUUCCCUUGGGAUUGAAGUUGGAAAACGUAUCGUUGAAGUGGUCAGGAUGGGAAAGUACAACUUCGUUCGCUGGGUCCGACGCAGCUCCUGAAGGUGGGUAUCAAUCAUUCGUUGAGAAAGUCUUGAAAUCGGGUCAAGUCGAUAUCAAGCUUAAUCAAAAAGUACAAUCUAUAAAAGAUACUUCUAAGGGUGUAGAAAUAAGCACCUCCAAUGGUGAGAAAUACGAGGGUAAAAAUGUAAUUUCCACUAUACCGUUGGGAGUAUUGAAGACUUUACCUUCAUCGUUCUUCCAACCUGAAUUAUCACCUAAACUCCAAUCGAUAAUCAAGGGUACCAACGUAGGUACGUUGGAGAAGUUGUUGGUAAAAUACGAUAAAGCUUGGUGGCCCAAUUCAACUGAAGUCGGAUCAUACACUUUCUUACCUACUUCCGACCCAAGUCAAUUAGACAAAUCAUCACGUUUGGAAGACAUAUUCAAUAGUUCAUCAUUGGUAACAGCCAAUUUCGCUUCUACAUCCAGCACACUCUCUACACCUCAACCGAUCUUACUUACCUACCUUUCGGAAACUCCAGCAAAGUUAUUAUUGGAACAUCCUAAAGAAAAAGUCAUCAAAGCAUUCCACGAAUUUUUAGUCAAAAGAUUGCAACCUAAAGACCAAGUGGGUGAACCUGUAGAAGGAGAAUUAACAGAUUGGUUAAAAGAUGAAUAUUCCCUUGGAGCCACUACGACUCCUACGAUUGUCAGUGAGAAUGAUGAGAGGAGUCCGAUGGAUUUCAAAGAAUUGGGCAGACCGGUUUGGAAAGGUCGAUUGGGUUUCGCGGGUGAACAUACUGAGAUGGAACAUCGGGGAUCGGUAGCGGGCGCUAUUGUUAGUGGGCUGAGAGAGGCGGAGAGGGUUGAUAGGUUAUUGAAUUUGCUCAAGGAUUAG